AAGAAGAAUAUGGGUUAAGGACUUUCUCUUCUUCAUAUUUAUAUGUUUCAGUCUCGCCCUUGGACUUGCAGAGUUGAAGGGUUUAGGAAUUGCAGAGAUCCGAUUUUAAGCUUCUAAGGCAUGGCUUCCGGAGCAACCAAAUCACUCGCAUUCAUCCUCUUAAUUCUUAAUCUUGUGCUUUAUGGUAUUGUAACCUUCAUCGCUGGUUGGGCUGUGAAUUACGGCAUCGAACGUUCAGCUGAAAUAGCAUCUGCUUUGACGUUUCCUGCACAUAUAUUUCCGAUUUAUUAUCCAAUCGGUAACAUGGCAACUAGUUUCUUCGUCAUCUUUGCACUAAUUGCUGGACUUGUUGGUGUUGCAACUUCAAUUUCUGGGAUCAGUAAUAUCCUCCACUGGAAUGUUCCUAACUUGCUAUCAGCUGCCACAUAUUCUAUCACUACAUGGUCCCUCACCAUUCUAGCCAUGGGGUUAGCAUGCAAAGAGAUUAAUCUAGGCUUCAGGGAUUCAAACUUGCGGACUCUGGAAGUGUUGACCAUCAUUUUAAGUGCCACCCAACUACUUUGCAUGGGUGCAAUCCAUAUUGGAGUAACAGAUGUUAUCAAUCAACACAGACAUUGA